CACCCAUGAUUAACUAUGUUGACCUUGAAAAACCUGGUGCCUUUGACAAAAAUAACCCAGCUGCAUUCACAAGAUUCAUCGAGAGACUAAGCAAGUUCAAGUUCUUGGAUUGGAAAGCUAUUGACCCUAACAGUCUAGAAUAUAUCAUGACGCCAGCUUUAAUUGGGGAUCCGGGAAGUCAUUAUGUGUGCUUCGUCGUGAAUUUGAAGAGCCAAAAAUUUGAAUUCCUGAACAGCUUGACGGGAGAUAAAUUGCACACCAAGAAUGGCGCACCCACUGUAUACAAGAAUAUGUUUGAUAUCUGGCUGAACGAGGUGGAAGUAUUUGUGGAAGAAAUGUAUAAGACUAGAAAAAUCCGAAUGCCCUUCAAGUUUAGCACAUUUAAGUGGGAUACACCAAGGAUGCCUAAUCAAGUUGAUAAAGACAGUUGUGGAGUCUUUUGCAUGAAAUUUCUUGAUGAAUGGGGAGGUGACAACAGGCAACUGGAUUCUUUCAAAGGAUGGUCCAAAAUGAAAAAAAUUGAGAAGGCUGCAAAGAUUAUGGAUCUCAGGAUUGGAAUUUGUUCCACAAUUUUAAGCAACACAAGCAAUUGCAGAAGAAAUCUUGUGGAGAAUAAAGCAAAAACAUACUAUGAAAAAAAGCUUCAAAAACAUUAAAACAUUAAUUUCUUGAUUGUAAUUUCUGUUGUUGAUGAAUUUUUGGACUAGUUUUAAUGUUUUUUUUUUAUUGACUUUGUAUGGUAAAAUUUAGUUCUUGAUUUUGGUACUAUGAAAAAAACCUUCAAAAGUUAGCAAGUUGAACAUGACAUGUAACUUCUGUUGUUGAUGAAUUUAUGAAUUAGUUUUAAUGUUUUUUU